AUGAUUAUCUUUGGGAAGGGGUCUUCCACUUCUGCAAAAUCAAAUGGCUUCAGAUGGAAGAACAAGCUGCGAAAAGGAUCUGCUAGUUUUGCAAAUGGUUCCGGUGGGGCCAAUCCCAGAUUUCUUGGCAUGCCAGUUGAGGAUGUGGCUGCCACUCGAAUUCAAACAGCAUUCAGGGCCUAUAUGGUAUCGAUUGCUAGGAAAACUCUUCGCCGUUUGAAAGGUACUGUGAGAUUACAGAUCAUCACCCAAAAUUAUUCUGUCAAAAAGCAAGCUGCAACUACUUUGGACUACCUUCAUUCUUGGAGCCAAAUACAGGCCCAGAUUAGAGUUCGUAGACUCUCUAUGGUUACAGAAGGUCGGUUAAAACAGAAGAAAUUAGAGGAUCAACUAAAACUUGAGGCAAAGCUUCAUGAUCUGGAGGUUGAAUGGUGUGGUGGCUUUGAUACAAUGGAGGAAACUCUUGCAAGAAUCCAUCAGAGGGAAGAAGCAGCAGUUAAGCGGGAGCGAGCGAUGGCAUAUGCCUUUUCUCAUCAGUGGAGGGCUAGCUCUGGUCAUAGCUUUGGGCUGGUUAAUUAUGAACUUGGGAAAGGUAAUUGGGGCUGGAGUUGGAAGGAGCGUUGGAUCGCUGCCCGUCCAUGGGAAAGCCGGAUCCCUGCCAAGUUCGUUAGUCCAAAGAAAGCGAAGAACAAGCAGGCUGAAAAGGUUGAUGAAAGCACAAAGUUGCCAACGAAAAAAUCACCAGUUCUAUCUAAACCAUCAUUGUCCAAUGGGAGAGGAACUCCAACGGCACGUAGAUUAUCUUACCCACCAGCUGAAAAAUGGGCUACGCUUGGGAGAAGCAUUAAAUCUGAUGCAGCAAGCACUCAAGGUGAACAGUUGGGCGGGUUUUCUUCUGUGCAAGAAUUAGCCCCAUGCAAUAUAAGAUACCGUUACUUGAUUGAACCUAACAAAGCAGCAAUCUUUGGAGUCAUGAACAUUUACGGAUCACAAAGACUUGUUGCUAGUCCUCCGCAGGUUGUUCCCCAGAUGGCUUCCUGGAAUUGGAAUCCCAUGAAUUACAGUGGAGGGCCAGCUCUGGUCAUUAGCCUUGGGCUGGUCGAUUGUGAACUCGGGAAUACUAAUUGGGGCUGGAGCUGGAAGGAACGUCGAUUGCUGCUCGUCCAUGGAAAGCCGUGUGCCUGCCAAUUCCGUCAGUCCGAAGAAAGCAAAGAACAAGCAGGGUAA